AUGAGAAGAAAGCUCCCAGCCACCGUCCCUCCCAAGGACCCCGGAACACUUCUUUGGCAGGUAGAAGUGGGAGUAUGUCUGUCCCAGCGCCAUGAGACGCUCCUUGGGGAAAAACCGUCCGAAAGGACCGAAAGAGGACCUUACCACGCGCACGACUCGCCGAUACUCCCUCGGGAUCCCGCCGUCGUCUGCCUCAGCCCGCAGUCGUUACCGUGUUCAGAACUGCUACCCCUGAGCCUCCCAUGGACACCGCCGGAAACGGAAAUGCGCCCACACACGGACUCUACACUCCGACGGGAAACAAGAAGGCCGAAGAAAGAGCCCGGCGGACGGACGACUUUCAGGGCAAAGCCGGGAGGAAGACUGGUGAUUGGCAGAGGGCGGGCGCAAAGCCCCGCUCCACUCUGCGCGUGCGCGCGCGUUCCCUGCAGCGGCGUGGAUCUGGCAGUGGAACCCGCAGUGGACUGGGGCCCUCUCUCCCCGGAGUCUCCUGCGGGUCCCUCCGGAGAGCCCCAGGCAGCGCGUCCUCGGCUGGGAGUCGGGAAACCGCCCUGUCCGAGCCAGCUGCGUCAGCCGUGGGGCCGGCCCCAGGACCGCUCGCUCAUCCUCCGAGGAAUUAUUAGCCGAGAAGAUGCAGAAGAUCUCCUCGAGAACAUGACUGAGGGAGCAUUUCUUGUCCGGGUCAGUGAUAAAAUCUGGGGUUACACCCUCUCCUACCGCCUGCAGAAGGGGUUCAAGCACUUUCUUGUGGAUGCCUCGGGGGAUUUUUACAGCUUCCUGGGAGUGGACCCCAAUCGCCAUGCAACGCUCACAGAUCUCAUUGAUUUCCACAAGGAGGAAAUUAUCACCGUUUCAGGGGGAGAGUUGCUGCAGGAACCCUGUGGACAGAGGGACAGCCCACCAGACUACCAUCUGUUGUUUGAAUGAUAUUUUUCUCCUUAUCAAUUGGACUUCUUUGGGCAUCCUUUUUUUUUUAAAUACAUUUUUUAUUGUGAAAUUUAACAUAUAUACAGAACUGUGAUAACUUUCAAAGUAUGUUUUAACAAGGAGUUAGAGAGCAAAUUUCAAAGAA